AUGAAAAUAUUUCAAGUAGAGGCUGUAGGUGAUGGACCAGGAGGUAUUUGCUACCAUGUCAUGGAAGUGAUUGGGAGCAAAUUUUACGUCUUUCUCGGACAGAGACAUCCCAAAGCAAAUCCCAACUCGAUCUACAUCUUUGACAUGAUUAACCAAAUUUGGACAUGUCUGGAACAUCAGGAAGGAAAUGCUCCAACUCCUCGAUCGAUGGCAGCUUCAUGUGUGGUGGGAAAGAAUAUUUACAUCUUUGGAGGAUAUUCUUCCAAUACAAAUUCUGAAAAUCAAUCCAUGUCACAUGUCCAUCAUCACAAUCAUGCGAGCUCUGAAAAUAAUACUCCCUCUCACGUUGUAUACAAUGGAAUGUAUUAUUUUGAUACUGAUACCUAUCGAUGGAUACAUAUUGAAAACAACAAGAAUUCUUUGUGGCCAGAUCCACGAGCUGGAGCCCAAAUGUGGCAUUACAAUGGCAAAUUGUACCUUCUCGGUGGAUGUCAAGGACGUCAAUUGUAUUUUUCAACCUUGUAUGAAUACACCAUCGAAACCAACACUUGGAAAAUAAUUGAAACUACUUGUGGAGAAAAUGCUUCGUGUUUGGAUGAUCUCUCGAGUUAUGAACUAGUUCAUUUCAAUCCUGUCGUUCAUGCGUCGAAUCAAAACGAAAGCUUCAUUCAAAAGCCAAAAAGAUUUUGUUGUUUUUCUGCCAAUUUAAUUGGAAAUGAAUUGUUUAUCUUUGGAGGACUUUAUGCAAAUGAAGAAAUGGAACAUCAUCAAGCUUCAAAUACACUCUUUGUAUUGGAUAUGGACACCAUGGAAUGGAGAAGACCACACAUGGCUUCAGAUAAUACACUUGUUCCUGGUGCAAGAGCUUCACAUACAUUGUGUGACAUUGGGUCUUGCGAUUUAAUUCUCACAGGAGGAUGUGACGUGGUUCACAAUUCGGAUUACGACCCUCAUGUUUACAUGCUGAAUGUCAAAGAAAUGAAAUGGUACUGUUUGACAGAUUUUUUCUUUGGAUCUCACAUGCCAAAGCUUGUUGGAAUGUCGAGUGUGUAUUGUAAAGAAACAAAACAAGUAUUUUAUUUGGGUGGAAAAGGAUAUGAUGAUGUGAUGAAUUAUCACUUUUAUCGAAUUGACACCACAUUGGUGAAACUCAUUCAUGAACAUGAAGCAUAUUUAUCAAUCAGUAAUAAUGGAAAACAUAAAAAUUAUGGCUCAACCGCAUUAGCUCACAAGAGAAGUUCAUUAAAAGUGGAGAAAAGUUCUUCUCACUGGUCAAGUAAGACCUCUGAGAAUAAGCUUGUUGUAGAGACUUGUAGAAAUGAUCAAGAAAUGAGUGGAUAUCAAAGUGAAGCGCAGAACCCUUCCACUCGAGAAAAGAGAAGCAAAUCCUCGAUUAUAACCUACUCUCCAAUUCCAAAAGUGGACUCUUCUGAAGGUGAAUUAUUGGAAUUUCAAAACGAUGGUGUGAAAAGAGAAGAAGGAUCAUCUUCCAAACGAAAAGCCAAGAAGGUUAAAAAACCACAUCGUCCAAAUGUCAACCAUCCUUCAUUGAAUGUCAGUGUUUCCUCUCCCAUGGGUUUGUUGGAUGGUAAGAAAUCAAAGAAGGCCAUCAAGAUCAAACGACCACUUCCGUCCAAUUCCACCUCUUCUCAUGACUCCUCUUCAUCCUUUGAGGAGGACACUACCAACAAGAUGCAACAACAAGACAAGUUGAUCCACAUUCGUAGUAAAAAAUCAUCCUCUCCAAAAUAUGCGAUCAAAGUUUCAAGCAUUAAGAGAUUGGGUCGUGUGGCUGGAAUUACACAUCUGACUUCAGAGUUCGUGACAAAUAUUCAAAAGAGUCAAUUUAUCUUUGAAGAAGUUGUUCAACGGGCAUGUCAAAUGACAAAUGACAUGAACAAAAAAACCAUUACACAUGGAGUGGUGAGUCGUGCGUUUGCUGCGGUCAUUCCAUUCGUUAAGGAAAUUCCAAAGAAUGAUACAAACUUGGAAUUUGCAAAGGCAUUUAAUAAUGAUGAAGAGGAUGAAGACCUUGAUGAAGAUUAUAUUGAAGAAGAUCAAGAUGAUUUAGAAGAUGAAUAA